AUGUCGCUGGAAAAGAUUUACGUUGUCCGUCAUGGAUUCCGCACUGCGUGGACGGUAGACAAGGAGGGCAACUAUCGCUCGCAUAUCCCGUCGCCGACGGGCAUCCCCGCCGAUCCGCCGCUCACCUCGCACGGCAUCGAGCAGGCCGAGGAGCUCGCCGCCCACCUCUCUUCGCUGAGCGCGCCGGCUGUCGAGGCCGUCUACUCGAGCCCGUACUACCGCUGCUUGCAGACCAUCGCACCCUUCGUGCGGCGGCAGGCGGAGGCCGCGGCAGCCGGCACGCUGUCCGCGCGCGCCGCCGACACCGCGCUGCGCAUCCGUGGCGAGCACGGGGUGUGCGAGUGGUUCGGCGCCGCGCCGUUCACGCACCCGCAGCCGGCGGACGCCGCGGAGCUGCGCGGCCUGUUCCCGGCGUACGACGCGGACUUUGUGUCGCCGGUGCGGCCGCGAGAGCGCGGCGAGACGUACGAGCAGCUGGUGGAGAGGGUGCGGGAGGCGAUGCGGGCGCUCAUCCGGCGCUGCGACGAGGAGGGGCGGCGUGGCGUGGUCAUCUGCUCGCACGCGGCGACCAUCAUCGUGCUGGGCAGGGUGCUGACGGGGCAGUAUCCCGAGGAGAUGGACACGGACGACUUCAAGGCGUUUACGUGCGGACUGAGCAUGUAUGCGCGGGGACCGGCGACCGAGGGAAGCUCCGAUGGUCAGUCGGAUAAUGGUGAGUCUUAG